GGGUUCAUUUCCGCUGUUCCUUGCAUCAUCCCAAUCCUCACCAAAUGCCACCCAUGGCCACCUCCGCGUCCGUGCUCACCCUUCCCCGCCUCUCCAUCUCGCCAACAAUGCCAGCGCGGGCGUCGCCAACCACGACGAUGACGAGGAGGACCAGGCCUCUCCGCGCGGCGUGCGCCUACACGCUCCAGGAGGGCCAGUCCCGCCGCUCCCACCGCCUGCCCUGCGGCCUCGACCUCGAGGUCAUAGCCCAGCAACCGCCUUCUCCGCCCCCGACCCCGGGAAGGAGCGAGCGGCCGCCGCUGGUGUUCGUGCAUGGGAGCUUCCACGCGGCCUGGUGCUGGGCGGAGCGCUGGCUGCCCUUCUUCUCGCACGCCGGAUUCCCCUGCUUCGCCCUCAGCCUCCGCGCACAGGGUGAAAGCAGCAUUCCAUCUGACACAGUGGCUGGCACGCUUGAGACACAUACUGGCGAUAUUGCUGAUUUCAUCCGAAAGGAGGUUCCUGUCCCACCCAUACUAAUUGGACAUUCAUUUGGAGGCUUGAUUGUGCAGCAAUAUAUAUCAUGCCUACAAGGUUCAGAACCUUUUCAUCCAAAGCUUUCUGGCGCUGUUCUUGUCUGUUCUGUACCUCCCUCGGGAAACAGUGGAUUAGUAUGGCGUUACCUUUUGACUAAACCAAUUGCUGCUAUCAAGGUUACACUCAGCUUGGCCGCAAAAGCAUAUGCAAAUUCAUUGCCUCUCUGCAAAGAAACAUUUUUCUCAUCACAAAUGGAUGAUGAACUUGUCCUGAGGUACCAAAAUCUAAUGAAGGAAAGCUCAAAGUUGCCACUAUUUGACUUGAGGAAGCUCAAUGCAUCAUUGCCUGUACCUUCUGCCACAGAUGGUACAUUAGAAAUCCUUGUCAUGGGUGCAAGCAAUGAUUUCAUUGUUGAUGCGGAAGGGCUUUCUGAAACUGCAAGAUUUUACAACGUGCAACCUGUCUGUGUGAAAGGGGUAGCACAUGAUAUGAUGUUAGAUUGCUCGUGGGAGAAAGGAGCUGCGAUAAUCCUAUCUUGGUUAGAUAAACUGGCACCAAGAUCAGCCUAGUAUUUAUUUUCUUCAUCUGAUAGAUUUGAUAUCUUGGAGACCUUGUCAAUCUUGGUUAUUUGUAGCGUAAAGGCAGUUGCUAGUUAUUGCUCUGAAGUUGUUAUGUGUCAUGUGUAGCAGAGCAUGUUGUAGAUCUAAUUCGAAUUCUUCUUUUUCUAAAACUUAAUUCGAAGCCUUCUCUUCACAAAGAUUGAAUGUGUACAGUGUAUUUUAAUGGUUUACAUUGGUGAAAGGCUCAAAAGCACUAGAAAUGUUUUAA